AUGGGUGUUCAGACCCCAUCCACCCUCCUGAAGCUGGCAAGGAAGGCUCUACUGAGAGAUGAGGCUUUGGCCAUUUCUGCUAUAGAGGAGCUGCCUAGGGAACUCUUCCCAGAAUUGUUCAAAGAGGCCUUUGCUGGCAGGCACACCAAGCUCAUUAAGUCAAUGGUGGGAGCCUGGCCAUUCCCCUAUCUCCCUGUGGGGGCAUUGAUGACAACCCCCAACAUGGAAACCUUCCAGGCUGUGCUAGAUGGAGUAGACAUGCGACUGAAAAGAACAUUUCACCCCAGGAGGCCAAAACUUCAGAUUCUUGACCUGAGGAAUGUGCACCAUGCUUUCUGGCACAUAUGGGAUGGUGAAGAGGAGUGUGAGUACUCUACAGAGACAGUGGAUAAGAAGGAAGUAGUGAACAUCUACAGACCUGUUCUGAGGGAGGACCCUCUCCAUCACUUACUACCAAAUGUCACAGUCAGACUUGGAUUCUUUUUCCUCCUGUCAGAGGCUCUGUCAGCUCAAACAUCUGGACAUGAGAGGCAUAAUAUUAUUGAACUUGGAUAUUACGCCUCUCCGAGUUCUUCUAGAAAAUGUGGCAGACACUUUGCAGUCACUGGACUUAAAGGGUUGCUUGGCUCCUCCUCAGCUCCCGGAAUAACUAGGUCCCAUGGCCGGAAUAAGUGGCGCCCAACGUGGGGCUCAAGGUGUCUAAUGUUGCUCUUGGAGACCCUCUCCAUUGCUCACUACCAUUUUUCGCAUUUAGGUUUCCAUUCCUUCUCCUUCAGGCUGAACCUCUUUCUCCUAACACAUCUGGACAUGAGAGUUUUGAUCUUAUAUGCUUUGGAUCUUACUCCUCUCAGAGGUCUUCUAGAGAAAGUGGCAGACAGUCUUGAGACUCUGGAUUUGAAGGGAUGUAGGAUGAAGGACUCUCAGCUCAAUGCCCUCCUACUUGCACUUAGACAAUGCUCUCAUCUCUUCAAUGUCAACUUCUACAACAAUCACUUCUCAAUGCCUAUCCUGAAGAAACUUUUGCUGCACCAAGCCAGUUGUAGCAGCAUGAAUGUGGAACAAUAUCCUGCCCCCUAG